AUGUCCAUUCCAGAAGAGGAGAAGGAGAUCAACCAAAUUAUAUGUGUCACUGCUCGUCUUAUUGAACUUUAUUACGUGAAAUAUAUUCAUAAGACCCCUUGUAUGAAUGACCAUCAAACAGGGAAUAUUUGGUUGAUGGGAGUGUUACAAGGAAAUGAAAGUCGUUGCCAUAAUAUGUUUAGGAUGGAUAAAGAUGUAUUUACAAGAUUGUGUGAUGAAUUGCAAAACAAUUAUGGAUUAAAGGGUUCAAGAAGAAUGAGUGCUGCUGAGAUGUUAGGGAUGUUCUUGAACAUCUUAGGACAUGGAUCUGCAAAUAGGCAAGCACAAGAUCGCUUUCAACAUUCUGGUGAGACUGUGAGCAGAUAUUUUAGUAUCUUACUUGAUGUUGUAUGUCGUUUAGCUGUGGAUGUAAUUAAACCAUUGGAAAAUGCGUUUACCAACACUCCAAAGGAAAUCCUACAGGAUUCUAGAUAUAUGCCUCAUUUCAAGGAUUGUAUUGGUGCUAUAGAUGGUGUUCAUGUGCAAGCUGUAGUAUCUCCUUCUAAUCAAAUACCAUUUAUUGGUAGAAAGGGGAUACCUACCCAAAAUGUGAUGGCUGCAUGCAAUUUUGACAUGCAAUUUAUAUUUGCAUGUGCCGGAUGGGAAGGCACGGCCCAUGACACAAGGAUAUUUCUAUCGGCUUUACGUGAUCAAAGUUUGCAUUUUCCUAAACCUCCAAAUGGAAAAUUUUAUCUAGUAGAUGCGGGAUACCCACAAAUGAGAGGCUACUUAGGACCAUAUAAAGGUGAAAGAUAUCAUCUUCCUGAUUUUCGUAGGGGUGUUCAACCGAUGGGUCAUAAAGAGGUAUUCAAUCAUGCACACUCUUCCCUGAGAAGUGUUAUUGAACGCACUUUUGGAGUAUGGAAAAAGAGAUGGAGUAUUUUACGCGACAUGCCUAGUUAUCCUUUUGCAAAACAAGUCAAAAUAGUUAUUGCAACCAUGACACUUCAUAACUAUAUAAGAAGACAUGCCAAACGUGAUUGUCAUUUUGAUGAAAGUGAAGAUGACCUAAAUGGUACUCAAGAUGAAGAGAUUGAGAGAGACGUUGAUGCACAACAAGAAGAUGGUCCUGUAACACAAGAAAUGGAGGCAUUGAGACAUCAUAUAGCCGCAAGUUUAAUGAGUUCAUCUGGUUAG